AAAUCCUGGCGUGAACGUAUCCGCCAUUUUACAUCACCCGAAGUGAAAGAACCCGACCGGACUUACGCCGGGGAGUCGUAGAUUUAUUUCUUUUCAUAAAAACACCCCCAAAAUUGAACCGAUCCUUACCGUGCACCUUAUUGAGCCAUCUUAAGAUUGCUGGAGACAUGGCAACAGAACAUGUUAAUGGGAAUGGUACAGAAGAACCAAUGGACACGACCGCUGCAGUUACCCAUUCUGACCAUUUCCAAACUUUGUUAGAAGCUGGUUUACCACAGAAAGUUGCUGAAAAACUAGAUGAAAUUUACGUAGCAGGCCUUGUAGCACACAGCGACUUAGAUGAAAGGGCAAUAGAGGCCUUGAAAGAAUUCAAUGAAGAAGCUGCACUACAAGUUCUCGUUCAGUUUAAGGAAAGUGAUCUUUCACAUGUGCAAAACAAAAGUGCCUAUUUGUGUGGAGUAAUGAAGACGUACAGACAGCGGGAGAAGCAAGGGACCAAAGUGUCAGACUCUACUAAAGGACCAGAUGAAGCAAAAAUAAAAGCGCUGCUUGAGAGAACCAACUACACACUAGACGUGACGACAGGACAGAGGAAGUACGGUGGACCCCCGCCAGAGUCGGUGUACUCAGGACACCAGCCCCAUGUUGGCACGGAGAUAUUUGUUGGGAAGAUUCCAAGGGAUUUGUUUGAAGAUGAACUGGUGCCUUUGUUUGAGAAGGCCGGCUCAAUAUGGGACCUGCGGCUCAUGAUGGACCCUCUCACCGGCCUGAACAGGGGCUACGCCUUCAUCACUUUCUGCACUAAAGAUGCUGCGCAGGAGGCAGUGAAGCUAUUUAACAAUCAUGAAAUUCGCCCGGGCAAACACAUUGGAGUGUGUAUAUCGGUUGCGAAUAAUAGACUGUUUGUUGGGUCAAUCCCCAAAAGCAAAACGAAAGAACAGAUCGUGGAGGAGUUUUCUAAAGUCACAGAGGGUCUUAAUGAUGUCAUCCUGUACCAUCAGCCUGAUGACAAAAAGAAGAACCGAGGCUUCUGCUUCCUAGAAUACGAGGACCAUAAAGCAGCCGCCCAGGCCCGACGGCGUCUCAUGAGCGGCAAGGUGAAGGUCUGGGGCAACGUAGUCACGGUCGAGUGGGCUGACCCCAUUGAGGACCCAGACCCUGAGGUCAUGUCUAAGGUCAAAGUUCUGUUUGUCCGAAACCUUGCAAAUAGCGUAACGGAAGAAAUACUUGAAAAAGCCUUCAGUCAGUUUGGUAAGCUGGAGCGUGUGAAGAAACUGAAAGAUUACGCCUUCGUUCACUUUGAGGAACGGGACGGAGCCGUCAAGGCUCUGGCUGAAAUGAAUGGGAAAGAGCUGGAGGGUGAACCGAUUGAAAUUGUUUUUGCAAAGCCCCCCGACCAGAAGAGAAAAGAGCGCAAGGCCCAGCGGCAGGCAGCUAAAACACAAUUGUAUGAUGACUAUUAUUACUAUGGCCCCCCUCACAUGCCCCCCCCCCCUAGAGGCCGGGGCAGAGGCGGUGGUCGGGGGGGUUAUGCCUACCCCUCUGACUACUAUGGCUACGAGGACUACUAUGACUACUAUGGCUAUGACUACCACAACUACCGUGGUGGCUAUGACGAUCCCUACUACGGUUACGACGACUUUCAGGCUCCGCCAGCCAGGGCCAGAAGCAGCCGAGGGGGCGCCCGAGGAGGCGCCUCUCCAGCCAGAGGGAGAGGAGGGGCGGGGGCGCCCCGGAGCCGAGGAGGGGCCGGCGGUUACCCCCAGCGAGGCGGCGGGGGUCCAGGAGCAAGCAGAGGGUCACGGGGGUCCAGAGGAGGUGCGCAACCGAGAGGCCGCGGGGUACGUGGUGCGAGGGGUGGCCGCGGUGGAAGUGUAGGAGGAAAGCGCAAAGCUGACGGGUACAGCCAGCCAGAUUCCAAGCGCCGCCAAACCAAUAAUCAGAACUGGGGCUCUCAACCCAUUGCUCAGCAACCGCUACAAGGUGGUGAUCAUUCUGCAGGGAAAAGGGAUGGAGGAUGGUGCUGACCAGUCACUAUGAAGACUAACUUGGAAUAGGGGGUUGCACCAGAAGCUGCUGCCAAUCGAUUUGAUGGUAAGGUCAUUUCAGCGGUCCAGUGCUGCUACUGCCUUACUGAAGCAUAUCUCAAAGACUGCCACACGAGCAAACGCAACAUGUUUUUGGACUUUUUGCAGUGUUUAGACAUCAACUCGCCACCAUCUGUACUACCCACACUUCAGCACCCUAUCUAUCCCCAAAGAGUUUGCCAUUUGUAGUUGAACAUAAUUUGUUUUCCUGAAGGUUCCUCAGAAAGACCUUUUUUUUUAUUAUUAUUAUUAUUAUUGUAAUGAAAAUCUUAAUUUGCACUUUGUCACACCAGAAUUCAAACAGAGGAUCGACAUAAAGGUCAAAACCCAGUCCUAGUUAACAACAAAUGCACUCAAGAAAUCAUAGACUUCUGCGAGGUCUUACCACUUACAUGUAUAUUAGGAUUCAUCGCCUUUAUUUUGUUUUUUGUUUUGUUUUGUUUUCUUUUCUUUUAUUUUGAGUUAGCUGGGACUGGUGUCUUCUGUACAGAGAGAAUCCUCCAUUAGAAUUCUGGAGUCAAGUUUGAUGUGGCUCUGAGGAGCAUGAUGCUAUGUAUAUUUUUGUGCUAAUUUUAGCUUUAUCAUGGAAUAUGUCUACUUUUUUUUUUUAUUGAUCAUAUGGAUGAUGUUUGCAGUCUUUUUAAGGUGUAACCACCUGGCAUGAACAGUCAGGCAUUCCAGGCAUGUGGUUCUUUUCAGAACUAGUCUAUUUUUGUUUAUUUCUCUUUUUUUCUCUUUUAAUAAAGGGUUGGUUAACUACCUCAAUAUGGAGGAUUUAAACUGCCCUAUCUUUACUGUACAUAGGGAACCUUGUGAUGAAAGCAGGGCUUGACCCAGCUUCCUUCAAAUUAGGCACAAGGGCAACGUCAGAACUCUCUUUGUGUAAAGUUAGUUUUUUUUUUUUUUAUAUGCUGUUUCCCAGACAUUUCAAACCAUGGAACUGGGCCUUGUCAAACUCAUAUGAGCUUAAACAAGCCUUGCCUUCAUUAUCUUUCAACAGGAUAGUUAUUGGUUGUAUCAUAGUUCUAGGAAAACUGUUACUUUUAUAAAAAACAAAACAACAAAAAAAAAGCAAAACAUUAAAACAAGAACAGCGCCAACUACUUUUUAAAAAGAGGUUCUGCAGUAUCCCUUUUUCCUCAGUGGAAUAACAGGUCUUAACUUUUUUAUACAACAGCUUCCUUUUAUGAAGGUGUGCUCUGCUACACAAUGAUGUCUAAAAGCCAUCGUGCAUACUAUUCAUGUAGACAUAACUGACCGUAAACCAAAGAUUCUAGAGCGGAGUGUUCUAGAAUCUUUGCCGUAAACAUUGGAGGAGCUGCCUCUGUUCACCGUCCUAGACUACACCUAGUAAGUGAAGUAAGAACAGCAAUAACUGGAGUAGAGACUACCCCAGUUCUAAAGGGAUACUGCAGCUUUGAGCUUCUUUUUCUUUACUCCAUGGAUUGUGAUAUGCAGGGUUUUUCUAAACACUACACUCCCACAGGGAGUCAGCAUCAUCUUCAACCCUUAGCCAGGUUUAUGAACCAGUUUGUUGGUGGCUAACAAGUGUUUUUUGCAUUCCUGCAAAUAAAUUGUUUUAUAUUGUAAAUUAAGUGGUGUAACUUAUUUUUAAUAAAGUUAUUGAUUUUC